AUGUCUUCCCCGGGUGGGAGCCCCAUUGUUGGACUGUACGGGAUGCUGUGCGUCUGGGCAGCCGGGCUCCAGGACCCCGGGGCCCUGGCGGCCCCAAACCAAACCAUGUUUGAAGAUAUCUGCAAGAAAACCACCACUUGCGAGGCCCUUAAAUACAACACAUGCCUGGGGUCGCCGUUACCGUACACACACACGUCUCUGGUCCUGGCAGAGGACUCCAGCACCCAAGAAGAGGCUUUUGAGAAGCUGACCAUGUGGUCCGGUUUGCGGAAUGCCCCUCGCUGUUGGUCCGUCAUCCAGCCGCUGCUCUGCGCCAUCUACAUGCCUAAAUGUGAGAAUGGCCGAGUUGAGCUGCCCAGCAAGAGCCUGUGUAUGGCGACGCGCCGGCCCUGCAGCAUCGUGGAUCAGGAGAGAGGGUGGCCCAACUUCCUGAAAUGUGACAAAUUCCCCGUGGGCUGCUCGAACGAGGUGCAAAAGCUGAAGUUCAACAUGUCGGGCCAAUGCGAAGCUCCCCUGGUGAAGACGGACAUUCAGUCCAGUUGGUACAAGGACGUGGAGGGCUGUGGUAUCCAGUGUGACAACCCUUUAUUCACUGAGGAGGAGCACAGCGACAUGCAUGCCUACAUCGCAUACUUUGGCACCAUCACCCUCCUCUGCACCUUCUUCACCCUGGCCACAUUUCUUGCCGACUGGAAAAACUCCAACCGCUACCCGGCUGUCAUCCUCUUCUACAUCAAUGCCUGCUUCUUUGUGGGCAGCAUCGGCUGGCUCGCUCAGUUCCUGGACGGAGCCCGCGAAGAGAUCGUGUGCAAAAGCGACAACACCAUGCGUCUGGGGGAGCCCUCGUCCUCAGAAACCCUGUCGUGUGUCACGAUCUUCAUCAUCGUCUACUACUCUCUGAUGUCGGGUGUGAUUUGGUUCGUCAUGCUGACCUAUGCCUGGCACAUGUCCUUCAAAGCCCUGGGCACCACUCACCAGCCGCUGUUGGGCCGAACCUCCUACUUCCACAUGGUCACCUGGUCCAUCCCCUUUGUGCUUACUGUGGCUAUCUUAGCUAUUGCUGAGGUGGACGGGGACUCUGUGAGUGGGAUUUGUUUUGUGGGCUACAAGAACUACAGGUACCGUGCUGGAUUUGUACUGGCGCCCAUUGGAGUGGUGCUUGUUGUUGGUGGCUACUUCCUCAUUCGGGGUGUAAUGACAUUGUUUUCCAUCAAGAGCAACCACCCAGGACUGCUGAGUGAAAAAGCAGCAAGCAAAAUCAAUGAGACAAUGCUGAGACUUGGUAUAUUUGGAUUCCUCGCCUUCGGUUUUGUUUUAAUCACCUUCGGCUGCCACUUUUAUGACUUCUUUAACCAGGCUGAAUGGGAGAGGAGCUUCAGAGAAUAUGUACUGUGCGAAGCCAAUGUGAAAAUUGCCUCUCAGACAAACAAGCCCAUCCCAGAAUGCACCAUUAAGAACCGGCCCAGCCUGAUGGUGGAGAAGAUUAAUCUGUUCUCCAUGUUUGGGACUGGAAUUGCCAUGAGCACCUGGGUCUGGACCAAAGCCACCAUUCUCAUCUGGAAACGCACGUGGUGCAAGAUCAUCGGCCGCAAUGACAAUGAACCCAAGAGGAUAAAGAAGAGCAAGAUGAUUGCAAAAGCAUUUGCGAUGAGGAAGGAGCUUCAUAAGGACCCGGAAAAGGAGCUCUCCUUCAGCAUGCACACUGUGUCCCAUGAUGGGCCAGUAGCUGGAAUUAAUUUUGAACUAAAUGAGCCGUCCAAUGACAUGUCAUCAGCAUGGGCUCAGCAUGUGACCAAGAUGGUGGCCAGGAGAGGUGCCAUCCUUCCUCAGGACAUAUCGGUCACUCCCACUGGUACACCAGUGCCACCUCCAGAGGAGAGAAACAGGCUGUGGAUGGUAGAGGCCGAAAUUUCUCCGGAGAUGAUAAAGAGGAAAAAGAAGAAGAAGAGGAGAAAGGAAGUGCGUCCGGCCGAGGAGGUGGUGGAGCACCAGAUGUACCGGCAGCGUGAGUUUGGCCGCAGCUCGGUCCCCAGGCUACCCAAACUGCCGUGUCACCCGAGUCUGGUGGCCAACCUGCACGAGCAGCAGAGGCAGCUGCAGAGCAUGGAGGAGGAGGUCCUGCCCGGCUCUUUCCCAGAAGUCCCACCCCCAAACCGCCUCUCCUGUGAGGACAGGUGCUCCUACAGGUAUUGCAAUGGCAGCCAGAACAGAUACAGCAGCGGCCUGCAGUCCAGAGCCCUGACCGGCGCUGACCCCCCGGAGGACCUGGGUCUGGGGCCCCGCUGCCGGCCCUCAGCCUCCAGCUGGCAGCCCCCGGGGUCCACGCUCUACCCAGGAGAGAUGGAUUUCGCCGGCGGGAUGUCAGAGAGGAUGGCUCACGUGGCUCGGGUACCAGUAGGCCGACGGACCGGCUACGGACCCAUCCACUCCAGGACCAAUCUAAUGGAGGCGGAGCUUAUGGACGCAGAUUCAGACUUCUAA